UGUGUAUGAGUGCGAGGCGGCGCUGAGGGGAGCCCGCAGGGAGAAGGAGCGGCGGCGGCGGCGGCGGCGGCGAGAGGUCGCGCUCGAUCCGUAGCCGGGCGGCGAGGAAGGGAACGACGCCGCCGCCGCCUCCUCCUUCUCCGCCUCCGCCGCCAGCGGGAGAGAAGGAGGAGCGGCUGCCCGCCUGCCUCCGCCCGCCCUGAGGGGACCCACCCGGCGGCGGCGGCGGCGGCGGCUCCCCUGAAGUGCGCCGCUUGUCGUCGCCGCCCGCCUCGUUUCCCGCCCCCCAUCAUUUCCUUGGCCCGACGCGGGCGGGCGGAAGCGGCAGCCCCGCCCGCGCCGAGUGGCGGUAGCGCGGCCCCCUCGCCGCCGCCGCCGCCCUUUCUCUCCGGCUCGGCUCCCGGGGAGGCAGCGGGGGACCUCGCGGAGGGAGGCAGGCAGGCAGGCAGGGCGGGCGGGCGGCCCGGGCCUCCGCCUCCGCCGGGCCCGCCCCCCUCGGCGCCCGUGCGGCUCCCCCGCUCCGCCCGGCCAGACAUGCCCCGCUCUGGAGGCCGGGCUCGCCGAGGAGGACCAUGACUGCGGCGGCGAACGGGGCGAGCCUGGAGGACUGUCACUCCAACCUCUUCUCCCUGGCGGAACUGACAGGCAUCAAGUGGCGUAGGUAUAACUUUGAAGGUCACGGAGAUUGUGGACCGAUUAUCUCAGCCCCUGCUCAAGAUGACCCAAUUCUCCUGAGUUUCAUCCGAUGUCUACAGGCCAACCUGUUGUGUGUCUGGCGCCGUGAUGUCAAACCGAAUUGUAAGGAGCUGUGGAUAUUCUGGUGGGGAGAUGAACCAAAUCUAAUAGAUGUAAUUCACCAUGAGCUACACAUGGUAGAAGAGGGACUUUGGGAGAAUGGGCUUUCAUACGAGUGCAGAACGCUGCUUUUCAAGGCGAUCCACAACCUGUUGGAAAGGUGCCUAAUGGACAAAAACUUUGUAAGGAUUGGGAAAUGGUUCAUCCGGCCAUAUGAAAAAGAUGAAAAGCCUAUUAACAAAAGUGAGCAUUUGUCCUGCGCCUUCACAUUCUUCCUCCAUGGGGAAAGUAAUGUGUGUACGAGUGUGGAGAUUGCUCAGCACCAGCCAAUCUACCUUAUCAGUGAGGAGCACCUUCAUAUGGCCCAGUCCUCUCCUAUGCCUUUUCAAGUGUUGAUCAGUCCAUAUGGCUUAAGUGGUACUUUAACGGGCCAAGGUUACAAGAUGUCGGACCCAGCAACCAGGAAGUUAAUUGAAGAAUGGCAGUAUUUUUAUCCGAUGGUGCUGAAGAAAAAGGAGAGUGUGAAAGAGGAAGAAGAACUGGGAUACGAUGACGAUUUUCCAGUGGCAGUAGAAGUCAUAGUUGGUGGCGUCCGAAUGGUGUACCCUUCCGCCUUUGUUCUUAUCUCUCAAAAUGACAUUCCCGUGUCUCAGAGCACUUCCACACCAGGAAGCCACGGCAGUGUGGCACAACAAGCAACCGGAAACUUGAAAGACACCAGCAGUUGUGGAAUGUUACUCACCCCACCCACUUCUCCGGAGCAGACCAUCAUAGGUGAAAGUGGAGGCAUUCCAAGCAUAAUCAAUCAUCCAGCAGCACCAGAGGGAAUGGUCACUAUGCAGAGUCCAAAAAAAUCAGGGAAGAUUCCUCCAAAAUUCCAGAACUGUAUGGUCCACAGAGUUUGGAAGGAGUGUAUCCUCAACAGGACACAGUCCAAAAGGAAUCCAGUUCCUGCUACCAAUGUGGAGGAAGAUGCCCCUAUCAACUGUGUUUCUUGGGAUUUUGUUGAUUCAGCCCAAAGAGUCCCCUGCUCUUGUUCCAGGCACAAACUCCUCAAGCAACGCUGUGCUGUCGGUUCAAGUCGUCCACCCACGAUAUCCCAGCCAGGGUUUGGUGUGGGACCCUCCUCCACCCCCACCUUACCACCUCCUGCCUCUAAGCACAAAACCACAGAGAGGCAGGAGAAAUCAGAGAAAGCUCAGAAGAGGUCACUGCUGCCAUUUCAUCAUCGUCCCUCUGUCACCGAAGAGCUGUGUAUGGAGCAGGACCCUUCAGGACAGAAGUUGGCCUUGGCAGGGAUGGAGCCCUCUUUGGAAACUGCUAGCAGCAGGAAGUAUGAGAAGCACCUUUCCCUGCCUCCCCGACAGCCAAGCAAGCAAACUAAUUCGAAUCCUAUGGAUUCUCCCCAUUCCCCCAUAUCUCCCCUGCCUCCAACACUCAGUCCCCAGCCAAGGGGACAGGAAGCCGACAGUUUGGACCCACCAUCUGAUCCUGUGAAUCCAGCCCUCUACAGCAGUGGAUUAGAACUUCAGCCAAUGGCCAGCACGGAGGAUAGGACAGUCCUUGUGGGCCAGAGGUUGCCUCUGAUGGCUGAAGUCAGUGAGACAGCUUUGUAUUGUGGAGUUGUACACAACCAGGAGUCAUCCAACAAAUGGCAGGGAUAUUCUCUUCCUCUACGCAGCGAUCUAGAAUUCAGGCCUCCGGAACUCCAGUGUGAGAUAUAUGAUGUCAAGAUGGACGUUGCAUCUGAAAACAGUGCACUGAAAAGGCUCUUAGCACAACCUCAUAAAAGAUUUAAAAUCCUGGAGGAAACCCUACCUGUUCCAGCCAUGAAUUAUCUUGACCCCUUACCUCUGAUUCCUCAGUCUGGCGAAUGCUUGGGAGAUGCCACUGAUCCAUAUACAUUUCAGGAUGGGGACAUCAAAUACAGCUUCACAGGCUCUAAAAAAUGCAAACUUGGGACUGAUAGAGAACCUCUGAAGAAGAUUAAGCCAGAAGAUGGAACUGCCACUAAAGAGCUAUCUUCAGGAGGCCAUUCUACCACCAUGCCGGAUGGGAAAGAUGCAAUGUCCAUCUUCAGUUCUGCACCUAAGACAGAUACUCGGCAAGAUAAUUCUGCUAGCCGAGCUGGUUCAGGUAGCCUAACCCAAGUAACCGACUUAGCUCCUUCUCUCCACGAUUUGGAUAAUCUCUUUGAUAAUUCAGAUGAAGAUGAGCCUGGUGCUGUCUCCCCGCCCCUCCGAUCAUCAAAAAUGCCACCGGUGGGAACUGAAGAGCGGCAUCUAGGCAAGGAUGGGAGGACAGCAGUUCCUUAUCCUCCGACUGUUGCAGAUCUGCAGAGGAUGUUCCCAACACCACCCUCCUUGGAACAGCACCCUGCUUUUUCACCUGUCAUGAGCUACAAAGAUGGCAUCAGCUCGGAGACUGUAACUGCGCUGGGGAUGAUGGAAAGCCCAGUGGUCAACAUGGUUGCGACUCAACUCACAGAGUUUAAAAUGGAGGUGGAAGAUGGAUUGGGCAGUCCAAAGCCAGAAGAAGUCAAGGAUUUUUCCUUUGUGCACAAAGUGUCCACCUUUCAGCCCUUUAUGGGGUCUUCCAUGUUCGCCCCUUUGAAGAUGCUACCAAGCCAGUGCCUGCUACCACUGAAAAUUCCAGAGGCCUGUGUCUAUCGGCCUUCUUGGGCUAUUCCUCCCAAAAUUGAGCAACUUCCUUUACCGACUGCAGCUGCUUUCAUCAGAGAUGGUUACAACAAUAUACCCAGUGUUGGGAGCCUGGCAGAUCAAGACUACCUUCAAAUGAACACUCCACAGAUGAGCACUCCUGUGACGCUAAAUAGCACUGCCCCUGCCAGCAACAGUGGCGCGGGCGUGUUGCCUUCCCCGGCCACCCCUCGCUUCUCCGUCCCAACCCCACGCACACCCAGGACUCCGCGGACUCCGAGAGGCGGGGGCACAGCCAGCGGGCAAGGAUCUGUGAAAUACGACAGCACAGACCAGGGGUCGCCAGCUUCCACGCCCUCGACCACCCGGCCCCUCAACUCCGUGGAGCCGGCCACUGUCCUACCGAUUCUGGAAGCCCACAGCCUGUACGUCAUGCUCAUCCUCUCCGACUCCGUGCUGAAUAUUUUUAAAGAUAGCAACUUUGACAGCUGCUGCAUUUGCGCUUGCAACAUGAAUAUCAAGGGUGCGGACGUUGGGCUAUAUAUUCCAGAUUCAUCUAAAGAGGACCAAUAUCGAUGCACUUGUGGAUUCAGUGCAAUUAUGAAUCGCAAGCUAGGGUACAACUCGGGCCUGUUCAUCGAGGAUGAGUUAGAUAUUUUUGGCAGGACUUCAGACAUUGGCCAAGUUGCCGAAAGGAGGUUGAUGAUGAGUCAGACCACCUUAAUUCCUCAGCUAGGAGAAGGCUCCAAAAGGGUUCAGGAGCCCCCAGUGAGUCUUCUCCUCCUCCUCCAAAAUCAGCACACCCAACCUUUCACCUCACUGAGCUGCUUGGACUACAUGUCUGUCACAAGCCGGCCAAUGCUCUCCUACACAAACUGGAGUUACGACAGGGUUCAGGCUGAAAGCCAUGAUUCCUGGAAUGAGUGCUUUAAUGCUCUGGAGCAAGGCCGACAGUAUGUGGAUAACCCUACAGGUGGGAAAGUGGAUGAAGCUCUGGUCCGAAGUGCUACGGUUCACUCUUGGCCUCACAGCAAUGUCCUAGACAUCAGCAUGCUUUCCUCCCAAGACGUGGUGCGCAUGCUUCUCUCUCUCCAGCCCUUCCUACAGGAUGCCAUUCAGAAGAAGCGCACUGGCAGGACCUGGGAGAAUAUCCAGCAUGUUCAAGGACCCCUCACCUGGCAGCAGUUCCAUAAAAUGGCAGGACGGGGAACCUAUGGUUCCGAAGAGUCACCGGAGCCUCUUCCAAUACCCACUUUGUUGGUUGGCUACGAUAAGGACUUCCUGACAAUCUCCCCGUUCUCCCUGCCAUUCUGGGAGAGGCUGCUCUUAGAUCCCUACGGGGGUCAUCGGGAUGUUGCCUAUAUUGUGGUGUGUCCAGAAAACGAGGCCUUGCUUGACGGAGCCAAAACUUUCUUCAGGGAUUUAAGCGCCGUAUAUGAGAUGUGUCGGCUUGGUCAACAUAAACCAAUCUGUAAAGUGUGGCAUGAUGGGAUCAUGCGAGUGGGAAAGACGGUGGCCCAGAAGCUGGCAGAUGAGCUUGUGAGCGACUGGUUUAACCCACCCUGGGGCAAUGAAGAUUGUGACAAUCAUUCCAGGCUCAAACUUUAUGCGCAAGUUUGUCGUCACCACCUAGCACCUUACUUAGCUACUUUGCAACUCGAUAGCAGCCUGCUGCUGCCACCAAAACACCAAACUGCACCUCCACCAUCAUCAAACCUGGAGCAAACCGUAUCUGGGAAUGCAGGAUCAGUUUCCUCCAACUCGGCCUGUCUUGGAUCUGCAGCUCCCCCAGCUGGCACUUCUUUCACCUCCACAACUAAUGGGACCACUGGUCUCCCGGUGGGCACCAGUACAGCCCCAGGGUCCGCAGUGCCCCAGCUGUCAGCCUCCUCCUCCACAUCCAGUAUUAGUCAGACAAGCACUACCUCCUCUUCAGGGUUCAGUGGAGGCCUACCUCAAGGUCAAAACCCAACUUCUGGGGCAAUUCCCACAGAGAGACCCCAAGGAAGCACAGUCCCGGGAGGAGAUGCAGAGGCAGGGCAGGUCUCAUCGCAGCAAUCACAGGAAGGGCAGGAAAACUCUGCAGAGAGGGAGAGGAUAGGAAUCCCCACAGAACCUGAGUCUGCAGACAGCCAUGCCUACCCACCAGCUGUUGUCAUCUAUAUGGUGGACCCCUUCACCUAUACCGCAGAAGAGGAAUCUUCUUCUGCCAGUUUCUGGCUUUUGAGCUUGAUGCGCUGUUACACCGAAAUGUUGGACAACCUCCCUGAAAACAUGAGGAGUUCUUUCAUUCUUCAGAUUGUGCCUUGCCAAUACAUGCUGCAGACCAUGAAGGACGAGCAGAUCUUUUAUAUUCAGCACUUGAAAUCUCUGGCAUUUUCAGUCUACUGCCAGUGCAGGCGACCGCUACCCACACAGAUUCACAUUAAGUCUCUGACUGGUUUUGGACCAGCUGCCAGCAUUGAGAUGACUCUCAAGAACUCAGAGCGGCCGAGUCCCAUUCAGCUGUACUCCCCUCCAUUCAUCCUGGCACCUAUCAAAGACAAGCAGACAGAGCUUGGGGAGACCUUUGGCGAAGCCAGCCAGAAGUACAAUGUGCUGUUUGUUGGGUAUUGUCUCUCUCAUGAUCAGCGUUGGCUUCUGGCCUCCUGCACUGACCUGCACGGUGACUUGUUGGAAACCUGCAUCGUCAACAUCGAUUUGCCAAACAGACCACGGAGGUGCAAAGUCUCAUCACGUAAAAUUGGCCUGCAGAAGCUAUGGGAAUGGUGUGUUGGGAUCAUCCAGAUGACGUCACUUCCCUGGAGAGUUGUGAUUGGGCGCCUUGGGCGGCUUGGCCACGGGGAGCUGAAAGACUGGAGCAUCCUGCUCGGAGAGUGCUCCCUGCAGACAAUCAGUAAGCAGUUGAAGGAGGUGUGUCGGAUGUGUGGCAUCUCCUCUGCAGAUUCUCCCUCCAUCCUCAGCGCCUGCCUGGUUGCCAUGGAGCCACAGGGGUCAUUUGUGGUGAUGCCAGAUGCUGUCACCAUGGGUUCCGUGUUUGGCCGCAGCACUGCCCUUAAUCUGCAAUCUUCUCAACUGAAUACUCCACAGGAUGCCUCUUGUACGCACAUCCUGGUUUUUCCAACUUCUGCAACCAUCCAGGUCGCUCCCGCAAAUUAUCCCAAUGAAGAUGGAUUCAGCCCCAAUAAUGAUGACAUGUUUGACCUCCCAUUCCCGGAUGACAUGGACAAUGACAUUGGCAUCCUGAUGACUGGGAACCUUCACUCAUCCCCAAAUUCUUCCCCCGUCCCUUCUCCUGGUUCUCCUGGAAUCGGAGUAGGACCAUCCUUUCAGCACAGCCGGAGCCAAGGUGAGCGCCUCCUUUCCCGGGAAGCCCCCGAAGAGCUGAAGCAGCAGCCCCUCGCCCUGGGAUACUUCGUUUCUACUGCCAAAACUGAGAACCUUCCUCAGUGGUUCUGGUCCUCCUGUCCACAGGCUCAGAACCAGUGUCCCCUCUUUCUAAAGGCAUCACUGCAUCAUCACAUCUCCGUAGCACAGACAGAUGAACUCCUUCCUGCCCGGAAUUCCCAGAGGGUUCCCCAUCCCUUGGAUUCCAAAACCACAUCAGAUGUCCUAAGGUUUGUCCUGGAACAGUACAAUGCAUUGUCGUGGCUCACCUGUAAUCCUGCCACCCAGGAUCGUGGUUCUUGCCUCCCUGUCCACUUUGUGGUGCUCACCCAGCUCUACAAUGCCAUCAUGAACAUCCUUUAAUAGCAGAGACAGGACGAGCCAACCUUCCCUUUCCACUUGAACAACAUGCCACGGCCUGUUCAGGCCCAGCCUGGAGGGGCCUGAGCCGGGCUCCGUUUCCUCAAGGAGCAGGAGAAUUGUCUUCAGUGUUUGGAGCCUACCAAAUGGAGCCCGCCAGCAUCUCUGAGAGGCGUUUCAGGCAGUGGACGUAUUACAACUUUAAGGCAGUGUUAAUUUGCUGGCUGAACGUUACAGAACAACGGACCACGGUGAAGACGACACGUCUCUCAUUUCAUUUUUCUUUCUUUCUCCUUUCUUUUCCGCGCAUGGAUCUCUGCCUAAGAAGAGCAACAUGUUGUCGUGACCAGUCUGGGUGGCCCAAAGCUUCUUCUGUUCCUUGAAAACCAUCGUAUAAACUUGGCUGUGACGAAGAACCGAUUCUGCUAGUUGAAAAAUCAUGGGAUUUUUGGUGUACCUGGAACUCCGGUCAGAGUGGAUUGGGACGAAUGAAUGUGUUUGUCACCCGUCCAUGUAGAUACGAAUGGUCUGGAGAUACGCUGAAGUUUGUUCAGUUUAUUGUUUUAUUUUAAUUUAUUUAUAGGGGCUACUAAAUUAUAGAGGACCAGGUACAGCACGUGAUCCGACUCCAUCCCACCGAGAAGUGGGGUUAUUUUUUGGUAUACCUCUUGCUUUUUAGCCUAGAAAGGGGGGUGGGGUGGGGUGGAGCAGGGAACAGUUCAAACGAGCCAAUGAGGAAGAACUCAAGAGUCAGCUUUUUUUAUUGUUUUGGUGGACCCAUUGAGUUAAGGAGGCCUGCAGAGAGAUUUUUAAGUAAAUUAGAUAAACAACAUGCAAUGCAAACUAGCUGAGACCAGUGGAAAACUAUGGAACCCAUGAAAACAGCCUUCCCCCAUCUGACAGCAUCCAGAUGUUUUGGGAACCAGCAUCUCAUUACCAGGAGCCAUUAGCAGCAUGAUUGUUUGGUACAUAGGCUGGGGAUCAUGGGAGGUGUAGUUAGCGUAGCUGGAAGGGACCAAAUUGGAAAAGGCUGCUUCAGAGAGGAACCCCCCAAAAAGGGGGAAAAAAACCCAAAUUGAAAGCAAAAGGGAGUUGAAGGAGGAGUUUGAUCAAUGUGGAAAUUUUUCCUGCAUGCCAUUCGCAUAUCCACAUUCAGGUACACUCAAUUUUGAAACGAUUAUGUGUGUAUUCCCCCACCCCACGGCACCCACCAGUCUUCGUAAGAAAUAUUUUAGAGAAAUUUUUAAAAGCUACUUCGUUACGUUGAUAUUGAAAACGAAAACCACUGGUGGGGAAAAAAAAUAGCCUGACUUAGUUAAAAUGUUGUGUCAGGGUUUUGUUUUUGUUUUUAAAAGAAAAGCUUAAAGCCAUUAAAUUGUUUGAAUGACUCCUGGGAUUGGAGAAGUCUAAGGGGCAUUCCCAUUUCUAGUGGAUACAGGCCUGGGCUGCUUCUAAGGAAAAAAGGGUCAGGGACUUGGUCAUUAUAUACGGCCACCCUUGGAGAAUCCUUUAACAGUUUUGAAGUUCUUCCGAAAGUCUGUCUUCUUCUGGUUAAAAAAAAAUGAAAAUUUCUAUGAAUUUAAAUAUUUUUCUUGAAAUGACAAUGUAAUGUUUAAAUCAGAUUUAUUAUUAUUGUUAUUAUUAUUA